AUGGCAGAAGACGCAGCAGCGGCUGGUGGACUUAUAGACAAAUCCUAUACUGAGGCUAAAGAGAUACUAGACUGCAUUGCUAAACACAAUAUGGAAUGUGUAGAUGAUACAUAUGAUGGAAGAAACGACAGAAGAAGAAGAUCUCAGAAUGUUAAUUCUGUUGAUGCCAAUGCAAUAGCCACACUUUCUACUCAAGUGGCUACGAUGACCAGCCUUCUGCAGAACAUAACGUUGGGAAACACAUCGAAUCAGCAAAAAGUGAACCAGGUAGAGGCGUUUGAGCAGCCCAUGGUUAGCUGUGUAGGAUACGGAAAUCUUCAUUCCUAUGAUAAAUGUCCACAAAACCCUCAGUCAGUAUACUUCAUCAAAAACAACCCAUUCUCUAAAACAUAUAACCCUGGAUGGAGAAACCAUCCGAAUUUUUCUUGGACAGGAGGAAAUCAGCAAGAGCACCACCCAGGGGCAAACCACCAGCAAAGGAAUGGACCGCCGCCUGCAUUUCAACAAACGCAUCAGCAGCAUCAACAACCCUUCAAUAGAGGAGGACAGGCGUCGAGCUUAGGAUCUCCGCUAGAGAACCUAUUGAAAGAGUACAUAGCCCAGAACGAUGUGUUACUGAAAAGCCAGGCGUCAUCUAUCACAAACCUAGAGAUCCAGGAGCAAUGUCACGUGGUGACGUUGCGGAGUGGAAGAGCUCUUGAAGAUAGAAGAAUGAAUCCAAGAAACAGCAGUCCAUCAAAAGAAUGCAUUACACGUUCAAUGGAUCAGGAAGAAAGAACGCCCGAGACUAGAAGCCAUUCAGAAACCAGUAUGUCUAACACGGGAAGGCCUAAGGUGCCGCUGAACACACCAUUCCCUAGGCGUCUGAUGAAGAAGAAUGAUGAACAUCAAUUCAAGCGCUUUCUUGAGCUCCUAAAGCAGCUGCUCAUCAACAUUCCACUUAUAGAGGCUUUGGAGCAGAUGCCAACAUAUACUAAUGAGAAAUCUCUCUUGCAAAUCUUGAAAAAGCACAAGCGUGCAAUAGGCUGGACGCUUGCGAAUAUCCGUGGGAUCAGUCCAUCUUAUUGCAUGCACAAGAUUAGGCUGGAAGAAGAGAAGUCGAGGUCAAUCGAGCCUCAAAGAAGGCUGAACCCCAUAAUGAAAGAAGUGGUCAAAAAGGAGAUUUUAAAAUGGUUGGACGCGGGAGUUAUUUAUUCGAUAACUGAGAGUAGUUGGAUUCUGAUAGAUCCAAAAGAUCAGGAGAAGACUACGUUUACUUGUCCCUUUGGAACAUUUUCAUUCAGACGUAUGCCCUUUGGGCUGUGUAAUGCACUGGGGACAUUUCAAAGAUGUAUGAUGGCCAUCUUCUCUGACUUCCUAGAAAAGACCGAUGAAGUCUUCAUGGACAAUUUUUCAGUCUUUGGAGACACAUUCCAGUCAUGCCUAGAUAAUUUGGAGGCCAUUCUCGCUCGAUGCGAGGAGACAAACUUGGUGCUGAAUUGGGAGAAAUGUCACUUCAUGGUGGCUGAAGGAAUUUUCUUGGGUCACAAAGUAUCUAAGGCUGGCUUGGAAGUAGAUGAAGCCAAAAUAGAUGUCAUUGCAAAACUUCCACCACCAGCAAAUGUUAAAACUUUAUGA